AAUACAUUUCGUUGAAAGACUAGUGACGUUGGACUCACGCUCUAAAUAUUCCUACGGUACUGGAACGCGUCGCCGGGUUGCACUGCAUACGCGCAGUAGUGGAGAGGGAAGAUGGCGGAGAGUAAUGUCGAGCCGGAGCACGAAUGGAGCGAUCGGGCCCUGGACUCCGAUUCGGACACUUUGGUGGCAAUGGAGACCCUGCUCGCCACGCUGAGAGCCUUCGAAGACCUGCUCAGGCAGCAGGAGAUAUCCAUAACGUCGUCGACGGAUUACUGCGACAACUUUUGUCAGGCGCUGAUGCAUUAUGCUGGGAUCCGAAACUCAAUGGAACACGGCUUGUCUCUUUUGGAGGUCUACUGUCUGUCCAUAAACUGUUUUGCUGAAGCACGGUCUCACCUGACACCAGAGUCUGACAGAGUCCCGCUUGUUUUAAAGAGGCUGGCGUUGAGCUGUUUUGAGCUGUUUCUUUCUGUGCCUGAAAAUCAUAUCCCCUAUGAAGCCUGGCUUCAGUUCCACCAGUCUGUUCAGAUUGCACACACCACCUUAAUACAAUAUGGCAGCUCAGACCUUCAAGCGUUACUACAGAUCACUGGAGAAGGGGGCCCAUGGAACAACAUGGUUCUCUCCUCCCUCCUCACAGGCCAGCCCACCACCACAGAAGAUGUCAAUGCUUACAUUUGCCUGGAGGGCGAGGGCUUCAUGGAGAUGCGGGUGAAGCAUCUGGAGAAGAUGGGCGAGCUUGCCAAGGCUGUGGUUUUGGCCAAAGCUUGCUCUGAAUGCAGCUCUCUCACGAACCAGGCGAACUUUCGGCAGAUAUUCGUCUCCUUGCUUUGUCAGCUGCUGCCAAAUGAAGAGGCCAUCUUAGAGAUAUCUAAGCUUGAUGGCAAGGAAGUGCUAGAGAUGACCUCUACUUUGGAGACAGAUGGUGAGGAGAACACAGGUUUCAUCUUGUGUACAACAUUUCUGACCCACCAGCUGCAGCAGCAGAGCCCUCACUGUUCUUGGGAGUUGUUUCAAAUGUGGAGUAAACUUCAGAAAAGAAUAGAUCCUUCGUUGGUGUCUCUUCUCGAACGCUGCCUUCAGUUGGGUGCUAUUGCCAAAACGGUCAACCAUUUGCUUCACCUCGUCCGAGUGAUUCAGACAGAGACUAAGGAGUUUGGAGUUGCUGCUUCUUUAGAACUCUGUGUCAAAGCCCUCCGACUUCCAAAGCAAGACGAAUCGGAGAUGUUGAUCGUGGUCUGCAAGGCGGUGUCUUACCUGCUCCAAGAAGAUCUUGAAGUCCUUCGUGCCUGCCUGCUGACAGAGUUCCUCCUUGGACCCACCCAGCAGGUCUUCAGCAGCUUGGAGGAGCUGUACUUGCGCCCCGAUCAGAAGGUGGAUGAAGACAGUACAUAUAUUCCCACCUCCCUACGCUGUGAACUUUUAUUUGCACUUAAAGCGUUUUGGCCUUUUGACCCAGAAUUUUGGGACUGGAAAACUCUGAAGCAUCACUGCGUGGCCCUGCUGUCCAAGUCAAGAGGAGACACAGAGGUCAACAAACAAGAAACGGCUUCACCGCAGAGGCCGGAGACGCACAAAGUGGGAGUGACUGACAGCACCUUAAGUAGCACAUGUAUCGAUGAUGAGCAGCAGGAUGAACCAGAGUCAAAGAGGAUGAAGUUCUGCUGUCAGAUUUGUAAGAGACCUCUGUCCGACAGUCAAGUCGUUCACCACUCGAAGAGACAUUCAGAGGAGGGCAGCCACUCCUGCCCACUCUGCUUGGUGAAGUACAGCAGCAGAAAGGAACUUAUCCCCCACAUCAAUCAACACUUGCAGUCACAUGACCUGCGUCAUCCAAACGCUGAUGUCAAAUUGGAACCCGUUCAGACAGCCGACGACGACAUCGAACCCGGCGAGAUCCCGGUGGACCCUUCGUUGAUGCUAUACUACAAAACCACGAAUGAUCCGAAUGUUCUGGAGCAUAUCGUGCAGAAAGCCAAGUCGAUGAAGGAGAAGCAGGCGGAGGACGAUGAGCAUGUGACGUUGGAGUACAUUCAUCAAAACUAUCACUUCCAGAACAGGGAUGAGUACCCGUGCCCGGGAACCGGCUGCCCUCGGGUUUUUAAGCAUUCAAAGUACUUGUAUGUCCAUUUGAAGUCUGAGCACCGGGGCGACGAGAACGUGAAGCACUUCCACCAAAUGAGGGAUAAACGGGAGAAGUGUGUUUUUUGUAGACGCCACCUGGUCUCGCCUUACCAUCACCGCAAACACACCAAGAUUCACUAUGGCGAGCAGCCGUUCCUUUGCUUGGUUGUAGGUUGUGGAGCCCGGUUUAGAUCGUCGAACGAACUGGUUACUCACAAGCAAAUUCAUGGCUUCCACCUCAACUACCAGUGCGAGCUGGAAGGCUGCGACGUCACCUAUUCCGACCUGGGUCAGAUCUAUCACCACGAGGCGCAGCACUUCAGAGACGCUGCCUUCACCUGCACGAGCCCCAAGUGCGCUAAGUUCUAUUUUUCCAAAAAGGAAUUUGUCGCUCACCUGUCCACACACAACAUCACGUUCACUGAGGAGGACUUUGAGGCCCAGAAGAAGGAGAAGCAGAAGAUUGCGCGGCGGGCCGUUCAGGCGGUCGAGAGGCCGAGGUUGAGUGAAGCACAAGAUCGGGCCAACGGGGAUGUUCAUAGUUUCUCCUAUCCAGGGAGUUGUGCGUCGUCAGUUGUGUCAGAGUACAAAGAAAGGAAAAGAACUAUGACCAUGGUGGCGGUGUGCUUUGAUGGAAGUAAAUUUACCUGCGGUUUUGAGAAGUGUGGGAUGACUUUCUCCAGAGCCAGAGACGUUCAGAGGCAUCUGAAGUGUGCUCAUCCAGAGCAUCUUAAACUGGAGAACAAAUACAACUCUCAUGACAGGGACAAGGGAGCAAAGGCUAGUGUUCAAAGUGAGGCAGGCAGGGAGGAGAAGGGUCAGAAUAAUGGCUCUCCUUCGCAGCAGCCAGCUGAGGAUGAAAAAACAGAACCGCCAGAGACCUCAGGUGCAAACUCCCUGAGCCUUGAGACUGUUGAUGAGAUCCUUUUUGGACUCAGUAGACUGAACCUGAGCGCUUCCUCAAGGGAAGACCUGACCCAUGUGGAUGCACUUCAACCCAACCAAGAUUCAAAGUCACCUCGGGUUUUUGCCACACCGGAAAAGAAACCCAGUGAGGAAGGCAGCGGCGAAACGUUGGCCUCAGCUAAGCCGUACGUGUGCAAACACUGUGGGUUCCGAACCGCCCAGAGUUACAGCCUGCUCCGACACUAUCACACCAUGCAUGGGUACAGUGUUGCAGACGCCAAGCAGAUGACGUCUUUGAAGGACACGUGCUUCAAGCCUUACGUUUGCCAACUUUGCUCCAAGAGUCACAGAGAAAAACACGUUUUGAGAGCCCACUACAUUCAGGUGCACAACUUCAGUGAGGACAUGGUGAACAAAAUAAGCUGCCUGCCUAUAAAGUCGGAGGAGAAAACACCAACUAAUGGCGUUCAGCCCGAACCUGUGCAACCUGAGUCACAGAACAUUUCAGAAGAAGAGGUGCCCAAAGUGGAACCACAACAUGAAGAAGAAAAGGUAGAAACUGCCCAUCAGAAUGGAGAGCAUUUGGAUAACAGUUCUCAAUCUGAAGAAAGCGAGAAGGAACUGGACUCCAAGGAAGUCGUGGCUGAGCAGAAAGUGGAAGAUACACAUGAUGCUCUGCCUCAGGUCCGAACGAGACGUUUGGUAGCUAAGGGAAACCUCUGCUAUAUACUGGAUCGAUUCAGUAAGCCAUUUCAUUGUGUCGCCAAAAACUGUGACGCAGCUUUUUCCACACAGAGCGGCCUCGUUCGACAUCUCCAGCUAGUGCACCACUACAAUCGCUCGCAGCUCUUGUUAGAAAACGAAAUCGAUGAUCUUUAUACUCCGGAAGUCAAGAAGGAGCCCACAAGGAGAAGGCAUCUUCCAAACCACGACGAACCCCAACCCCGAUACAAAUGCCACUUUGCCAACUGCGCUGCCUCCUACCACCUCAAUAGCAGCUUGCUGCGACACAUUAGGGACAGCCACUCCCAGCAUAAGGAGGCCAUCAAAUGCAAGUUUGAGGGUUGCACGCGGGUCUUUCUACACAAUGAUGCACUUAAAAAACACACACUUUAUAACCACUGCGAGUACUACGACUCCUUAGUAGUACGGCUCCAGAGUACUCACAAAAAAUCAAUCACCGGCUGCCAAAAAAAGCUGGUGUUGAAAUCCCAGGAUCCAAAGGCAGAUGAAGCUUCCACAGAAAGAGUGAGCCCAGAGCCUAAAGGAGACAGCCAAUCGGAAGAUGUUGACCAGGGGGAGGAGGGGGAGCAGAGUGGGUCCCUCGCAAAAGUCCCCGUCGGGAUUGUCUUUCGCUCUCACGAGGAAGCCUUACAGCUGUGUCAGGACAGGUGCUUGCGUGUCGCCUACCCUUGCCUGGUGCAAGACUGCGAUUCUGUCGUCAUGUGGGGGAGGAGCUUGAAGCGUCACUACAAGAGAAGCCAUCGCAUUUGUGCAACAUUUGUUAAUGAAAAUGAAGGUCAGCUCAUUUUGAACGCGGAGCAACUUGAAGAACUAAUUCAGAAGAAAUCGGCCGGGCAAACCGGAUUGUUUCCCCCGAAUGGUGUUCAGAGACUGUCAUAUCCAGGCAAACAGGAUGUUGAAACAAGGCAGUCUUCACCCACAGGUUUAACCUCCUGCAAAUCGGAAGCGACUGAGGAGCAUGAGCCAAAGGCAUUUCCAGAAGAAGAGGAGGAAGUGGAACUACCAACUGUGGAGAGGAAUGCUGUCCUUGUUGGAGCAGAUGAUGUGUUGUACGGAGAGCCCGGCACCGGCAGCCAUGUGGAUGACGCUGCUGCACCUCAAGAAGCUGACAAGCAGGAGAAGAAACUAAGCUGGGAGAAAAUAAAACCCUAUCUCCGGCCACUCACGGUCAACAUCAAAUCACCGUGCUCUGUGGUGAUCACCGCUGCCAAGAGCCACCAGGAUUCCAGCGGCAGCGACGGCACCAAAAUGGUGAAUGGCUCCGUCGUGCCACCUGUUCCUGUGCGGCAGCCCCUGAAGCGCAAGAACGAACUGUCAGAUCAGCCGUCAAACAUGAAGGACUCUCGAUCUCAAGGCGCUACUCCGUGCUCGGUGGACUUGACGGCUUAUAAACCAAUGAACUUCGAGUCGUCCUUUUUAAACUUCAUCCAGCAGAACCCGUCGAUAGAGAAACCCGUGCCAAUCGUAAAACACAGAGACUCUGUGAAGGAGAACAACCAAUUGGGGGUCCCCCAAAACCACAGCAGACACACCCACGCCUCUGCAAAGCCCCAUGCUGCAAAUAUCUCGCCAUCGGUCCUAAAACUGAAGUCCAUCAUGGACAAAGCAUUAACAGGAUGUGGAGACAUGGCUAUCAAGCAGCUUCAGUACCUCAGGCCUGUGGUUGUCCUGGGGAAGCCCGUGUGCACGGCCACAUUCACGCCAUCCGACAAAACAAAUGGGAACCUUGCCCUUGGGAGCUAAGCAGCAUUUUUACUCACUUAGAACUGUUCUCUGUGUCUCAGCCUUCAUUCGUCAGAUAUGGCAAACCUGAUUGUUUAGAGAAGCGAAUAUAGUGUCUUGUUUACUCCUCAAAAGUGUAUAUAAUGCUGGUCUACAAGAGAAAUGUACAGAUUUUCACAAUAUUAGAUGAGUGAUGAAUUCAAGCCAGGUAAAAAGGAAAAAAACAGAAACAUUGAAGUUGUUACAAAGCAAUAUAUUUGGUUAUUUUCCACUUGAGUUUUCUAUGUCAGUGUAGGGCUUAUCAGAAGAGUUUGGCCAACA